AUGGAGCUCCCGCCGCAGGAGGCGCCACCCGGGCCGGGCGCGAACGGCGAUGCCGAGGAGGCCCCUGUCGAGGCCCGACCCCCUAGUCCCGCAUCGCCCCCAGCCGACGGUCGCCUCAAGGCUGCAGCCAAGCGUGUCACGUUCCCGUCGGAUGAAGAUAUCGUGUCCGGAGCUGUGGAACCCAAAGAUCCCUGGAGACACGCCCAAAACGUGACCGUGGACGAGGUCAUCGGUGCCUACAAGCAGGCUUGUCAGAAGCUGAACUGCAGGCAGAUUCCUAAGCUCCUCCGGCAGCUCCAGGAGUUCUCGGACCUUGGGCACCGUAUCGACUGUCUGGACCUGAAAGGUGAGAGGCUUGACUACAAGGCCUGCGAGGCCCUGGAGGAGGUCUUCAAGAGGCUGCAGUUCAAGGUCGUGGACCUGGAGCAGACAAGCCUGGAUGAAGAUGGUGCAUCAGCCCUUUUUGACAUGAUCGAGUACUACGAGUCAGCCACCCACCUCAACAUCUCCUUCAACAAGCACAUCGGCACUCGCGGCUGGCAGGCUGCUGCCCACAUGAUGCGAAAGACCAGCUGCCUUCAGUACCUGGAUGCCCGCAACACGCCCCUACUGGACCACUCGGCACCGUUUGUGGCCCGCGCCCUGCGCAUCCGUAGCAGCCUGGCUGUGCUGCACCUAGAAAAUGCCAGCCUAUCAGGGCGGCCCCUCAUGCUGCUCGCCACCGCUCUGAAGAUGAACAUGAACCUACGGGAGCUGUACCUGGCCGACAACAAGCUGAAUGGCCUGCAGGACUCGGCCCAGUUGGGCAACCUGCUCAAGUUCAACUGCUCCCUGCAGAUCUUGGACCUGCGCAACAACCACGUGCUGGACUCAGGUUUGGCCUACAUCUGUGAGGGCCUCAAGGAGCAGAGGAAGGGGCUGCUGACCCUGGUGCUGUGGAACAACCAGCUCACACACACAGGCAUGGCCUUCCUGGGUAUGACCCUGCCACACACUCAGAGUUUGGAGACGCUGAACCUGGGCCACAACCCCAUUGGGAACGAGGGUGUACGAAACCUCAAGAAUGGGCUUAUCAGCAACCGCAGCGUGCUGCGUCUCGGCCUGGCCUCCACCAAGCUCACGUGUGAAGGCGCGGUGGCUGUGGCGGAGUUCAUCGCCGAGAGCCCCCGCCUCCUCAGACUGGACCUUCGGGAGAACGAGAUCAAGACGGGCGGGCUCAUGGCGCUGUCCUUGGCCCUCAAGGUAAACCACUCCCUGCUGCGCUUGGACCUCGACCGCGAGCCCAAGAAGGAGGCGGUGAAGAGCUUCAUUGAGACGCAGAAGGCCCUGCUGGCCGAGAUCCAGAACUGCUGUAAGCGUAACUUUGUGCUGGCGCGGGAGCGAGAGGAGAAGGAGCAGAGACUGCAGCUGUCGGCCUCCAUGCCCGAGAUCACCGUCACUGAGCCCCAGCCUGAGCAGGAGCCGGGCGACGAGCCUGCCAGCCCGGGGGAGGAGGCCGCCACUGAGGCGCAGGAGAAUGGGGCCCCGGAGCCUGGACCCCAGCUGGACUCAGACUCAGACUCUGAGGACGGGGAGCCGGAGGAGGCUGCCGGCGACCAGAGCCCCUCCGCCCCCUGCCCUGUCCUGGUGCCCCCCACGGACUCUCUGGGUCCUGGGGACAGGACCCCCUCAGGCAGCCCCUCCUCCCCCACGGAGCAGCGCAUCUCCGUGUCCAGCCCGGGCCGGGGCCACAAGGUGUUUGUGGUGACCCGGGUAGAGAGUCCACCUGAGAGGGCAGAGCCCCCCGCCCCCUCCACACCCCUCUCCCCUGCCAGCCCCCCCUCUCCACCUGCUGCUCCCACCCCACCACCAGCUGAGGCCAUCAGCAGCCAGGACCCAGGGGCGUCUGAGCCUCCACCACAGCCAGGGUCACCACUAGGGCCGCUGCUGCCCAACGGCCUCAAGCUGGAGUUUGCCCUCACUCUGCCCCCGGAGCUGCCCCCGGGGCCUGAGACCAAGGGGGGCAGCUGUGGCCUGGAGCAUGAGCUGAGCUGUUCUAAGAACGAGAAGGAGCUGGAGGAGCUGCUUCUGGAAGCCAGUCAGGAAUCUGGUCAGGAGACACUGUGA